AUUCCGGCCCCCUCCAUUCUUCAUGGUUCUGGCUCCAGGUCUUCCAAGUCACCUACCCGAGCGAAACAUUGCUUUGGUAUUCCCUUACUUCCUGAGGCUUCCUCAAACUUCAGCACCCAGUCUUACGCGUUGUACUCAGUAAUUUUACAAUUUCUUGAUUUAUGCAGUACACAAUCUGCGUCCUAGUAGUUUGCGCCGGCGACGACUGAAGUUUGGAAGCGAGCGGCAUUUUGGCGGGGCUGCCUUCACUUCGCUGUUCCUGCCCGCGGUCACGGGCCUUAACAUCAUGGCGGCAGCCUCAAAACCUCCACCGAUGACGACCGACAAAAUACAAGACAUGCUGGAGGAGAAUUUCAAGUUCAUUAAAGCCAUUGCCGAGCAGCAAAACUUGGGCCGGGUUCAAGAAGUGCACCAGUACCAGCAGAAGCUGCAGGAGAACCUGAUGCUGCUGGCCGCAGUGGCAGACACCUACUCCAACUCAGCAGCAGCAGCACAGCCGGGGGGAGAAGCUGGCGCAGCCGCACCCGCGGCGGCCACGGCACGACCACCCACCGCGCCUGGAGCGCCGCUGGGGGCACCGGGAGCACCGCCGCCCGCGGCUCCGGCUCUCACACCACAGCAGAUCCACGCGGCCGUGCAGCAGGCACUGGCCAUGAAGCAGCAGCAGCAGCAGCAGCAGCAGCAACAGCCGCAGCAGCCGCAGCAGUCGGCGGUGGCGCAGUACCAGCAACCGCCUCAAGCGGGGCUGCCCAUACCGGGCGGGAUGGCGCCCGGGCAAGGCGCGCCGCCAGGCUUCACGCUACCGGCGCCACCGCCCCUGAACCUAGCCGGGCAGUAGCGGCAGCAGCAGCAGCAGGAGUGGCAGCAGCAGGGGCGCCGGCUCGGGCGGGGGCAGGGACGACGGGCUUGGCCCAAAAAGCCGUGCAGCUGGCAGUCGCAGCAGUAUCGCCUCUGGCAGCUGCCGGCGGGAGGGGCGGUCGUGUGCUGAUGCCGCUCGAGCGCGGCAGGCUGGCCGGCCCGCCGGCAGCAAGCCCGCCGGCAGGCAUGGUCCCGGAUGUGGUCGGGUGAGUGGCACGGCACUGCCUAGCACUGAGCAGUUCGCAGGGCUGGAGGGCAGUGCGCUGCGCCGCAGUGCGCCGUAUGUGUCGGCACGGCGCUCAUCUGUUGCUGGUACAGCCGACGGGCGCCGCGGGCAGGCAGCUGCACGGGCUCCACUGGGGGCGCCAGUCAUCGCACGGGCGAUGCAGCUGGACGCCCCGUAGGGCCCCGUGGACAAGCAUGCAGCGCACACCUGCAGCCGGCAGGAUGCGCUGCGCGUGCGGGAGGGCGGGUGAGGGAAAGGGGAGUCGCGGGCAGCAACACGGCACAGCGUAAUUGCAGCGGCCGGCACUGUCAGGCCGCUGGCAAAUGGUAGGAGAGCUGGGGGAGUGGCUGCGUAGGUAGGGUGAUGCUUAUAUUGACAACUUGCGGCACCAACUAAUGCGGUCGCCAUGUAACAUGGCGGAAAUGGUGGAUCACUCGGUGUGCUUUUGUGACCCACGAAAUGACGACGUUUUGGCGCGGUAUGCUUGUGACUGCUGAGAAAUUAGGGUUGUGGACCUUGCGAGCUUGCCGGCAGGAUGCAAAUUUUCUCAGUUUGAGACGUAGCUGGAGCGAAUGGCUUUGCAAGUUCAUACGAGACUAGGGAGUUGAGCUUUAUGAUGGAGGGUAGGGGCAUGGGCGGGAGUGGGCCGUGCCGAACUCAGUGCCAUGGUGUCCUGCUUCUGGCUGCCACGGCCGUUUUGGUGAAUAUCAUUGACGCAGUUUUGAGCCACUUGACAUACAGGGAUUGCGUCAGUGGCAUCACAGAGUAGCACGAAGCAGUGUUCAAGUGUAUCCAACUACUGCACGCGCUUGCUCCAGCCGUGUUUGCAACACUCGAUCGAGUCAAAGGCCAACUCAGAAAGUCUUACCAAUAUGCAAUCAAUCGCGCCUUCGGGCUA